AUGUCCUCUCUUCAACUAAAUGUCAUAAUAUUUAAUCUCUCCCUCUUCAUCCCUCUCAGUUAUUACAGAGGUGCUGCUGGUGCUCUGUUAGUAUAUGACAUUACUAAAUACAUGACUUACAAGAACCUGGAGCGAUGGCGGAAGGAACUAAUGGACCAUGCUGAUACUAGCAUUGUCAUUAUGCUGGCCGGCAAUAAGUAUGACCUGAGGCAUCUUAGAGCAGUCUCUACUGAAGAAGCUAAGAAAUUUGCAGAGCAACAUAGUUUGUCAUUUAUUGAAACUUCUGCACUUGAUUCCACCAAUGUAGAAGCUGCCUUCCAGAAUUUUCUGACAGAGAUCUAUAACAAGAAGGCUGGAAAAGACUAUCAACCAGUGAAGAGGAGUCACCACUCCACUGUACAGGUAGGAGAUUACCUGUAUAUGUGGGGUGGAGCCCAGCCUGAUCUCCCUAGAGUACAUAAUAAUGAAAAGAAGAAAUCAAUGUGUUCUGUGAUGGAGGUGCAUCACCUAAGGACUGGUAGGUGGGAGCAGAAACCCACCACUGGUAAUCCUCCGCUGGGUGUUAGGGGCUAUGCUGCUGCUGCCAUUGGAAAUGAAAUAUUUUAUUUUGGAGGAGGAUGUGGUCAUGAUGACUGUCAUCAUAAUAGUUUAUUCAGUUUUAAUGUUGAUACCUUCAACUGGAAGGAACUCUCUCCUACUACAUGUACAUCUCGUCAUGGUCCUAGGAUUAAGUGGCUCUGUGACAUGAUAGCAAUAAAAGUCAAUGGUGAGGACUAUCUUGUAGUAAUUGGAGGAAAGGAAUCAUCUUCUAAUAAUGCACCAAAACAACCUGGUGCCCAGUACAAUGGUGGUAGGAAUAAUGAAAUACAUUUUUAUAAACUCUCAUCAGGUGAUUGGAUAUCACCAACAGUCACUGGAGACAGACCACCUCCUAUUGAAUUCUUCACAUUAACAUCAAUUAAUAAUUCCAGUGCUAUAUUAUUUGGAGGUUUCACUGCUAAUGGAAGGAGUAGCGAUGUAUAUAUUCUUAAUUUUGCUAAAACAUCAGUGAAUUGUUUAAAGUUGUCUAAUCCUGGAAGAUCAGUACAAUGGCCUAAGGGAAGAUCUGCUCAUUCCAGUGUAUUGAUUAACACUAGCUCAGGACCACACCUACUAGUGGUGGGUGGAUAUGAUACUUAUGAUCUUUGGAUAUUUCAUAUUAAAAAUAAAUCAUGGAAGAAACUGUUUAAUAUACCAAAGAAUGUCACUAAUAGACGUUAUCAUUCUCUCUCAUUGUGGAGUGUGACUCCAACCACUAACUGGAUAAUUGUGUUUGGAGGAGACAUAUCAUACAGAGAUACAGCAGUUAUUGAACUCAGUGAGUACUCGUAG